AUGGAGAAAAUAUCAGAUAAAAUAGCGAAUCUCCCCCCAGAUGCGAACUAUUUCUCUCUGGAGUUUUUCCCUCCAAAAACCCAGAUGGGCUCCUCAAAUCUCCAAGCCCGUCUGGAGCGCAUGUCGCAAGCUCUGCGACCGCUUUUCGUAACCGUUACUUGGGGUGCUGGUGGAAGCACUGCGGCUAAAUCCCUCGAGCUCGCCGAGAUAUGUCAACGUCAAUUAGGUUUGACCACUUGCUUGCAUUUGACAUGUACAAAUAUGAACAGGACACUGGUAGACCAUGCGCUCUCAGAAGCCAAAGCAUUGGGCAUCAGGAACAUCCUUGCGUUGCGUGGUGAUCCCCCGCGAAGCGAAGAGUACAAUAUUGAUGGCGAAGAUGACAGCAAUAAGGAUUUUACGUGGGCAGUUGAUUUGGUGAAGUACAUCCGCCGCACACAUGGUGAUUACUUUUGCAUAGGGGUGGCAGCAUAUCCAGAAGGUCAUUCAGACGAGUCAUACCCUGAAGUGCAAGACCCUGUCAAAGACCUCCCAUACCUUAUCGAAAAAACAAGGGCCGGAGCGGACUUUAUCAUGACUCAACUUACUUACGACCUAGGAGCAUACAAACGGUUUGAGGAAAUGCUGCGCAACCACGAAUCUGGCGUUUUCGAAACUAUUCCUAUCAUUACCGGAUUAAUGCCCAUACAGAGCUAUCAUAUUCUAACUAGGACGACGAAACUAAGCCAUGCAAGAGUCCCUCCUGAUAUAAUGGCGCGAGUGGAAGCAGUGAAGUCAGACGAUGAAGAGGUGAAGCGAAUCGGGGUGGAUAUUUUGUGUGAGAUUGUAAAUGGAUUGAAGCAGGUUUCCUACCCUGGCCCACGUGGAUUCCAUUUCUACACCCUUAAUUUAGAGAAAGCAGUUGCCUUGACCGUCGAGAAGUGUAACCUAAUACCGCCGUUAUCCCCUCUCAGCGAUUCAGAAACAUAUAUGGACACUGCGGUUUUUAUGGCGCAAGGCAAGCAGAACGGUAUUUCCCUGUUAUCGAAAAGGAGGGCCUCCUCUAUGAAUUCCCAACCUCAUAACCGAUUGAUCGUUGAUCGACCUUCGGACGCCGGGGGUUCCUCCCAAGCAUCUACUACCCACGAAACUCCUGCUCUUGGUGCUGGUAUGCCGGCCCUUAAUCCCCCUCCACGAACAACCACGCUGCAGAUAUCGGAGGGGGUAGGUGCGCUGGGGCGCGAGGCGACCUGGGAUGACUUCCCAAAUGGUCGGUGGGGUGACGCGCGAUCCCCUGCAUUCGGAGAAAUCGAUGGAUAUGGCCCCUCCCUACAUGUCAAUGCUGCCGUGGCACGACGACUCUGGGGAUAUCCAACAACGAAACAAGACAUUAAUAACAUCUUCCAACGCCAUGUGUCGGGCGAGCUUCACCUAGUACCCUGGUCGGAAGGCGGAGCGCAAGAUACUGGUGGCCUGAAUGCAGAGACCGCCACUAUUCGAGACGAGCUUCUUCACCUCAUAAAUGGACGUGGGUGGUGGACGCUCGCGUCCCAGCCUGCAGUGAAUGGGGUGCGCAAUGACCAUCCGAUUUUCGGCUGGGGUCCUCGCGGUGAGGGCUUCGUUUUCCAGAAGGCGUUUGUCGAGUUCUUCUGCCCGGCCCAUGACUUCGAAUCGAUAUUGAAACCAAUAUUUGAAAGCCACAGCCACGAUGAGUUUGCGUGGUUCGCAACUAAUGCUGCUGGUGACUUCAUGUCGUCUUCUCCUGCCACGGAUGCCGCCACAGAGGACUUUUCCGGGCCUGUUGAUGUCUUCCUAGAUUCUAAUGUCUCACCGGGUAACACUGGAGUUACUGCUGUCACGUGGGGAGUGUUCAGAGGUAAAGAAAUUGUCACCCCGACUAUCAUAGAAGAAGUUAGUUUUCGUGCAUGGGGUGAUGAAGCGUUCCGUAUCUGGGACGAAUGGAGGCGCAUAUUCCCGCGUGGAAGCCCUACUGAGAGAUUGCUAGACCAGCUAAAGAAUGAUGUCUGGUUGAUUUGUUGUGUAGGCCAGAAAUACGGUGCUGGCUGCGCUAGUCUAGAAGCUGCGGAGGCAGAAGGGAAGCUAUUAUGGAAGUUGCUUGGAGGGACGGGUACGGAACCAGAUUCUGUUGACAAACAUUAA